UUACGGAAAGAUAGGAUUUUGAUCAGCAGAAGCCAAGACAAGAAGCAGCUAUUAAACUCAUUUCUCCAAAUUAUUAUUAUUAUUCUUACCAUGAGAUUUAGAGGCUUUAGACUGGGUCGGAGAGUUCUCAGAGUCUUUAAACGGAUAACCCGACGCCGUAGAAAACCCCGUUUACUGUCAUUAAAGUACCAUUUAACCGGGUCAUUUAAUCCAAUCUCCAAAAUCAUGACUUUAGCUCGUAAGUUACAAAGUCCGAACAGGGAUUAUAUCCUGUUGGGUCAGGCUAAACCGGUGUCAGAGGUGCCGAAGGGACACUUGGCGGUCUAUGUUGGCGAGUCGAAUGAUGAAACGCGGCGGGAGGUGGUGCCUGUGAUAUACUUUAAUCACCCGCUGUUUGGGGAGCUAUUGAAGGAUGCGGAGCGGGUAUAUGGGUAUAAUCAUCCCGGUGGGAUAAAGAUACCGUGCGGGUAUUCGGAGUUUGAGAAAAUAAAGAUGAGAAUUGCGGCCUGGGAUAAUUGUAACAGAAAUAGCUGGACGCAACAGAAGCAAUGGUGACAUAAUGGCAAUGGCAUUUCCAAGUAGGAUCACGGCAUUUGUUUUCUUUUUCUUUUCUACUUUCUUAAAUUUUUUAUAUCAUUUGGUAUUGUAAAUACAAGAAGCAAUUAGGCAAAUGAUUGUCUUUAGCAUUUUGAGUUGAAAAUUGCAACUUAUUUUGCAGUUGCAGCGCUUUCA